UCUCAGCCACCUCCUUCCCCUCCUUUCCUAGCUGUGCCUUUACACAAUGCAGGAUCUUCCUCCCUUAAAUCAUACUUCACUGAAAUCUCAAUCAGAGCUCCUGGCAACCGAAGGACAGCAUGUCUGGUGGCAAAUAUAUAGAUGAAGAGGGUGUCCUGUACACUACUCCCAUCAUCCGAGACCAAGGCAACAUCUACAAGCCCAACAACAAGGUCAUGGCAGAUGACAGUAUCAACGAGAAAGACGUCCACACCAAGGAGAUCAACCUGGUGAACAGAGACCCCAAGCACCUGAAUGACGAUGUGGUGAAGAUUGAUUUUGAAGAUGUCAUCGCUGAACCAGAGGGAACACAUAGUUUUGAUGGCAUCUGGAAGGCAAGCUUCACCACCUUCACUGUGACAAAAUACUGGUUCUACCGCUUGCUGUCUGCAAUCUUUGGCAUUCCACUGGCACUAAUCUGGGGCAUCUACUUUGCCAUUCUGUCAUUCCUCCAUAUCUGGGCUGUUGUGCCAUGCAUAAAAAGCUAUCUGAUCGAAAUUCAAUGCAUCAGCCGGGUCUACUCAAUCUUCAUCCACACGUUUUGCGACCCAUUGUUUGAAGCAAUCGGCAAGAUGUUCAGCUUUGUUAACAUUUCUCUACGCAAAGAAAUAUAAGUGACACUAAAAAGUGCAGAUAAUCAGAAUUUAUAUGUAAGUUUUAAAAUCAUCAACAUUUUAUGAGCACUGAUAUAAGAUCAAAGAGUGUCACUCAAGUGUGUCCCCUUGGGCAAGUUUGUUUCCUCAUAGAAGAUUCUUUUGAAAGAAGCUGUUAUCAGCCAUAUGAAUCAUUUUGUUCGCGCUGUGUGACAUACAGUUUUUUCUCUUUUAUACACAUAUUAUAUGACAUGCUUACAUGUUACAAUCAUAAUUAUGUUACAAAAGAGUUGGUUUUAUGGUAAAUGGAUUACUAGGUGAAAAUAUUCUGCAGUUUAGAUGAGCAACACUAGUUUUAAGAUUAUUCCUUGAAAUAAUUUUGGGGGGAAAAAACAAAGCUAUUGGAAAAGGGCAACAAAUGUAUAUAGCUAUAUUUUGUUACUGAAUUCUGUAUACUGUAAUUUAGAGGGUUCAUUCAUGAUUUUGGGACUAGUUUUGAUCUGUUCGGCUUUUGUCAAGUCCCUAAAGCAUGGAAUUUUGCUACAAGGUUACAUACAGUAUGGCUGAUCUUUCAGUGUCACCAAAGAAGAGUUUUAUGAGAAUACUCAACAGUGGUCCUGUGAUACAUAUAUGAAACACUGAUGAAUGCAAUACCUGCUUAUUAAUACAAAUUUUCUAUUAGCUAUUUAAUAUUUUUCAAAUUAUAAGGUAACUAUCAGUUAUUGGAUGUUUCAGUACCUGCUUUUGAAAACUCUAUAGACAAUUCUAGCCCUCUUCUGCUGUUCCAUGUCCCACCACUCUUUUCCUAGAAUGUCUUUUUAUGCAGAUAUUAUGUACUUUGUGAGAGUCUAUGGCAUUUAUAAAAAUGUAUAUUUUGCUAUGACCAUCAUACACUGUAAAGAAUUAACCUGAAAUGUAUUUCAUGGUGCAGGAUAUUUAUGAAAUCAGUGGCUUCAAAUUAAAGCCUGUCUCUGGCUGAUAUACGAUAAUACUAACACCAACAUAUGCCUUCUACAAUAGUAUACUAUAGUGGACUUUACAGGGUGUGUUAUUUCAAAGAUUUGCAUUCAUUCACUUUUGCCUUCAACACAAUUACAUGUUUUACUAUUAUGGAAUAUAAAGUGAACUAAAUGUACAUAAAACAUAUAUUCACAUGAGUGGGUGAAAUACCGACUGCCUGUAAGUCAUGUUAUGUGUGCAAGGUGCAAGCUGAGGUGCUUCCAUUACUAAUACACCUAAACAAGAAGACUGUGCCCUUCUGUCUACUGAAGAUUCACUACUAGGGACUGAUUUAGUGUGUUUGUGCUACUCUUACACUAUAUAUACUAAAGUUUUUAUUAUGUCUAUGAUGUAUGCUGCUUCAAUGUGAGCUGACUGUCAGGAUUUUUAUCAAAACACAUCAAAACUCAUUGUAUAUCUCAUGGAUUUCUUUGUCUACAAGCAUCUAUAAAAACUGUCAUAUGAACAGCAUAUUCAGGGCAGACAUUUUAAGUGCAAAAUAACAAAAUAAAAAAAUAAUCAAAAUAUGUAAUUGCUGAUUAUAAUAAAACAUUCAAUAUUUGGUUACUUUGUCACCAUGUGCCUAUAAGACUUUGAUGGGUAAAAGGGUUUUAGUAAGGUAAUAUGUUUCGAAAUAAUAUGUCAGCCACCAAUCAUGCCAUCAUGAUUCUUUAUGAAGGGGGGUAGCUGUGAACUGUAGGGGUAGCCUUUAGAAAUGUGAAGUGCCUUCCACUUUAGCUGCUCAUACAAAGUUAGGAAUAUGAAUACCAGUUAUAGUUAACCUACAUGGCAGUGAUAGUAAGUUUUGUACUCUUCGUUAGCUAGCAAACAGAAGUAAUAGCAGAAUAUAUAACACGCUAUGCAAACAAAACGCGGGGAUGUUUCCCACAUCAACUAAUUAGAUUUCAGUUAAUUUCUAAUGUGCUUAGGCAUAGGCUGCCGGAGGUCUAUAGAACCAGCAUUGCUGGAUGGUACCGGAAUGCCCACUGGUCACUACCUGGGCAGACAAAUAACACUGCACACUAUGGUUUUUGUCUAUCCAAAUCCCGGCCUUGUCCACCGGCUGGAACAGGUCCUUAAUACAGGUGCAUUUCUACACUGUAUUAUGACUACAAAUCCCGACGAUGGGUCUGUUCAUUUAAACAAACCGCAUCAUAGAUCCUUUUGAUGUGCUCGGGUGAUGUGGCCCAUGGAUGCUAAGACUUGUGGCCCUAGUAAGGGCACAACAUAUGCCUAUAUUAUGCUAUUAUUACAUCAUUACAAUUACAUUAGUACAUCUUGGGAGUCGUAGUUUUACCACAGCUGAAGUGCUGGAGGUUAGCCAUCACAGCCCUAGGGUAUACUAGAAGAAAUCAACCUAAUUGGCCGCUAUGGACUGCUGCUUCACUGUUGACCUGCACUUGCUAUCAUAAGUAAGGACCAGUACUUCCUGUAUAUAUUUGCAUCAGCAGUUGGCUUUAUCACACUAGACAGAACUAGAAUUUAUCUAGCAGUUAAACCUUUACAGAAUAGUGGACGCUUUCUAAUAAAUGCUGCACUUUCAUUUUUCAGCUUCUCUCUCUAUACUAUUAAAACAUAGGUUGAGUCUUGUUGAGAUUUCCCAUGUCACAGUCUCAUCAGUUGGGUCUCAGUGAAUCCUUAGAAACAGAUUGCAAAAGGUCAUCUUUAUAAAUCACAGCUUGUAUUCUUUUGGUAAGGAGCAACUGGAGAAACACCUGAUCUCAGCAAGACUUAACUAAUUUUUUGAAAUGUAGGCCUUGGUUUCUCUAAAUUGUCAUGUAUUACUUCUUUAUGUGCUCUUGUAGACUUAGAGCAUACUAAGGUCAGUUAUCUGUCUUUUUAUAGACAUAAACACCACACACGUAUAAGUACAUCAACAUUUUACAACAAAAUGAGCAAAUGAUCUCAUACAAAAAUUAGUGCAGAACAAACUCAACGUUUUCCAUAGCAAGGGGCUGGUGUAGAUGAGCUGUAGCUUAUGCCAGUUUCUGGCGUGAAUUAUAGUAAAUCGUGUGGGCUAUGGGAAGGUCCAACCCUCCCACUAGGCCCCACUCUUUUUCUUACCACUUUUUGGAAAAGUGUUGAGUAGGUCAAAAAGUCACAAUUUCUGGUGCAAAUAUGGAAUGUCUCAUAAUUUCUGACUUUUUAACACCAUAAUAGUGAUGUGAAAGCAUUGAUCAAUUUCCCCCUUUGUCUCUAAUAGUUUUUAUAGAUGAGGUUGAAUUGUGGAGAGAAUAUAUCAAGAAAGGCAUUUCAUACACUAGAUGUGAUCUGCUUUGCUCUGGAGUGAGAUUUGCCUAGUUUAUUAAGGGGCCCAUCUCUGGCCGUCUAUGUGGCAGAAAGUGAAAUCUUUGCUAGCUAUGAGCUGGCAUAUAUUUCAGUUAAAAUUCACACUAGUUUCUGUUGAGCGUCUGGAGGCUAUGCCCCUUCUUCUAAUACUCACCCAUGUCACUUCUGCCUUUCAGAAAAGUGGCAAAAAGUCCAACGAAACUUGGUACAAAAAGGGCUUGCACAAAAAAAAUUCUACUUGUUUAUAAAAAUUGCAAUGCAUUUUGUAAAUCUGUGUUUUUCUUGUACAAGACGGUAAAGGCUAGUUUCACAUUUGUGGCACGGCAUUCUGGCUGGCUGUUACGGCAGAGAACAGCCUGCUAGAGUUCUCAGAUCUGACAUUGCCGAAUGUUACCGGAAUGCAGCCAGUCCUAUUAACUAUUAUGGAGUCUGGCUCCUAUCGGCAGAUUUGGCCAGAAAAAAAGUUGCACGCAACCGUUUUUGUCGGGCCAAUCCCUGGCAUUCUAUUCUGGAACAGCCUGCCGGGAAGGCUGUGCUGCAAAUGUUAAAGAAGUUUCAUAAAAGCUGUCAGAUUAUGGUGGCAAAUCUAGUGUGCCCUUAUAAUCAACUUGACAUACCAUAAUUAAUAAAGUGGCUUAUUCAUUCUUAUCCUUAUUGAUGACAUACGGUAAGGAGUUAUUUAUUUUAGUGUGGAGAGAAAUAAAACUUCCUUUGUGCACACUGUAUUGCUAGUCAGCCUAUAAGCCGGUGUCACAUAUGUUAUAUAGAUGUGUGUAUUUUUCAAUACAAAUAUCCCUACAGCAAAGUGACAAAUAUCCCUACAGCAAAGUGUAUGGGCUCCAUUCAUAUAUAGAUACAUAUAUGGACAGGCAUGUAUACGUCUGCACACACCCUAACAACGUGGUACUCUGCCCUCCGCUUAAGGGCUAAAUAAAAAGUGGAGUUUCAGAGUCCUAAGGAACCCCAUUAAGAUGUUCUGUGAUGUCAGAUCUGUUCUUCCAGCACGAGCGGUAUGUAAAGAUGAAUUGUGAUAUGCUUCUGAUAGAUAUAAUGGAUAUAAAACUUCUUCAUUACUACACAAGGAUGUUUUUUGCUACAUUAUGACAAGUGACUUCUGGAAAACUAUAAUGUACUCAAAUGUCAUGUAAGCUACUUACUUUCAAUGUAAAGGCAUUGCUGAUUGAAACAUAGCGCUAUGUACAAUGUAACACAUACUGCAUGUAUCAAUGUACAAGGAUAGAUGUGCACAAUAAAAGGUUUAACGUG